AGUACGUUUAAGGACGGACUUAAGACACGGUUAAAGGGGGAUCACUACCACAAUCUAAAAUAUGCCAACAAAUAAUUUUUUUUCUGCAAGAAAUUCACCAACACGCAAUCGUUUGAUUUGAUUAUGAGUACCGGUAUGUAGGUAAAAUAAAAUAUCCCUGAACUGGGUUAAUUCACUGAUUGAAAAAGAACAAAAAAAUUGUAUUGAUACAGACUAUGCCAUUAAGAUGAUAGAGGUUACAGCUAUAUUACACAGGGGGACAGUGUUCUUGGCAGGGGAGACCUUGCAGUGUGAUAUCACCUUCAAAAAUAAUGGACCAAUCCAGAAUGGACCAGAUAGUUUAUCGUGGGCAAGUGCACAGAUACAUUGUCAAUGUUCAGUGAGUGAGAGCCGUGUAUAUCUGCCACGUACAGAUCAGCUUACAGCAGAAGAUGUUUCCUCUUCAGUAGGUGGAGAUACAUCAUUUGUACCAAGUAAAGGGGAGCGCGGGAUGACGGUGCUGACAACCAAGCCUAAAAUCUUGUUCUGUGACAUGAGGCUGGACCCUGGACAAUCUAAAACAUUCACAUAUAGAGAGAUGAUUCCUACAGAUGCCCCGCCCACAUUCCGCGGUCAGGCUGUGAAAUACUCGUACAAACUGACCCUCGGUACACAGAGAGUGAACCAUCCCACAAAAUUAAUCAGGAUUCCAUUUAGAGUGCUAGUUUUACAUGGAAUGAAUGAUAUAAGUGUUUACUUAGACUCGGAGGAAGUACAGCCAUCAAAUCCAUUCCUGAAACCAAGACAAGAGAAUUCUGUCCUUGAUAUAGCGCUAGGAAUUCUGGGUACUGUUACAGCAAGAAAUGGGCCACAUUCAUAUAACAUUACAAACAGCCGGGGUAAAGUUGCAAAGUGUAUCAUGUAUAAACAGGCAUAUAAACUAGGGGAGGACAUUAUUGGUGUGAUGGAUUUCUCAGAUACCAGUGUUAAUUGUGUUCAGUAUUCUGUAACUUUACAAAGUGAAGAAAAUAUAUCGGAAGAGUGCCGGAAAAAAUCUAGUCAAGGGAGUUCACUCACGUCUUAUGUACGACAUCAAGAAAUGUGUUUACACACGGCUAAGUCUAACUUCAUGAUACCAGUACCACUAACAGCCACACCCUCUUUUAUGACAGAUAUUGUAUGUCAACGUUGGAGGUUACAUUUCGAGUUUGUCACUUCGGUUGAACCUAUUAAAGGGGAGAUACGUAAAAACGAUUCUGACGAUAGUACAACAUGGCGGGGUCCAGCUACACUAAAAGUUGAAACAAUGGUAUGGGACCUACCAAUAAAGAUGUUUGCAUCUAACCCCGUGUACGCCUCCAGUGUGUCAUUGUUGAAAAUACGUCAUUCACUCACUAUCUGAGAAGUGUUAAUUAUUGAAAUCUAUCUUUAUUUUAAAGGAUAGAAUUCAUGGUUUGAUAUAUUUGGGGGCAAUAAAAUUGAAUAACUCUUAAAGUGAAGAGGUGAAAGUGAUGAUAUUUUUGAUGUACUAGAGUGAUUAACCAGUGUAAGAUUUUAUUUUGGGCUUUCAGAUUAAAAACUUACCUUUAACAAAGAGGU